AUGUCCUUCCCAACGCUUGCCAAUUUGACGAAAAAGAAAAUCAUCGAGUAUGCAGUCAAUGGCUCUCUGCCACCAACUGCUUGCCUAGAUCCUGUCACUAGCAACACGAUUUUCCAACAGCUGCUUCCAUCACUCGAAACGUUGGAUGAGAAUACUCUUGAAGUCAUCAGCAAGAUUUUCAAGCCAACAUCAAUCAAUUUGACUGGGAUCAAUAUGACUGAGAAGAUCUUUGAAGUGAUUCGAUCAUUUAACUUGACUUAA